CGCUCUGCAAUGGAGCGUGACUGAUAUAGAGAGAGAGAGAGAGAGAAAUAGAGAGAGAGAGAGAAGUGGUCAUAUUUUUUCCCUUGAAACAUGAACCAUGUUUGCCACAUACACUUCUGAGGCUGAAAUCGGUUGAAGCUGAAAUCAUGUAAAGAGAAAAAAAGAAAACAAUAAAAAUCCUUUCUUUUUCAUCAUCACACCCCAUAUGAAUACAACCACAACAGUCUUCUUCAUCUUCUUCGACUGCCUCCAUUAUUUAAUCUGUUAAUGAUGCAGAGGGUAAGGAUAUCAGCCCAGCAAUUUCCUGUUCAUAAGCUAGGGGAUUCUGAGAUGACAUUGACCCCAAAGUUUAGGAUAGCUUCAAUGGAUUCCUCUCUGCAAGAUCCUUCACUAGACACUGAAUUGGCUCUGAUCGGGGAGCCUCUAAUCCCGGGGCUUCCCGACGAUGUUGCGCUCAAUUGCCUGCUCCGAGCCCCGGUUGAGAGCCACGAAGCGUGCAGGGCGGUGUGUAAGCGCUGGUACUUGCUUUUCGGGAAUAAAGAGAGGUUCUUUUCUCGGAGGAAGGAGCUCUCGUUUCACGAUCCGUGGGUGUUUGUGUUUGCGUUUGACAAAUGUACUAGGAAGAUAGAGUGGAAGGUGUUCGAUCUCGUUAACUUGUCUUGGCACGGGAUCCCGGCGAUGCCUUGCACGGUCAAGGUGUGCCCCCACGGGAUGAGGUGCGUUGCGGUGCCCCACGAGGGCGUUAUGUUCGUUUGUGGCGGGUCUGCUGCGGAUGUCGACUGCCCGCUUAAUUUGGUGUUGAAGUAUGAAGUGCAGAGCAACCGUUGGACCGUGAUGAAAAGUAUGAUUACCCCGAGGUCGUUUUUCGCGAGUGGGCUCAUUGAUGGGAUGGUUUAUGUUGCGGGAGGGAACAGCACGGAUCUUUUUGAGCUCGGGUCUGCUGAGGUCUUGGACCCUAGCAAUGGGACUUGGAGGCCUAUUGCAAACAUGAAAACGAACAUGGCUUCGUACGAUGCAGCGGUUCUCGAUGGGAAGCUUCUCGUGACGGAAGGCUGGUUUUGGCCCUUCUAUGUUGGGCCGAGGGGUCAAAUAUACGACCCCGGAAGUGAUAGCUGGGAGAGUAUGGCCUCGGGGCUCAGAGAAGGCUGGACGGGCUCGAGCGUCGUGAUCGAUGGGAGCUUGUUUGUUGUCCCGGAACACGAAAGGACAACGGUCAAGGUUUAUGACAAAGAAACGGAUUCGUGGAACAAAGUUAACGGCCCGCCUUUGCCACAGCAGAUAUGCAAGCCUUUCUGCGUCAAUUCCUGCAGCAACAAGAUCAUCGUCGUUGGUCGAAACCUUCACGUCGCGGUCGGCAUCGUCACGAGACAGCAUCGAGGCGGCGAUGAAUCGCCCCGGAAAGACUUUUGUGUUGAAUGGCAGGUGGUGGAUGCUCCCCAAUCUGUGUGUCAUUUGAUGCCAUCAAGUGCACAGGUGCUGUUUGCUUAGAUUUCUUCUAUUCGGAACGGUGGAAGUGGGCCCGCCUGCACGGGCAGCUUUGCUGGUUCCUGGGUGAUAGAUUGCGGGCAAGAAUGGUGGGAGUGUGGAGCAAUAUAGAGAGUGUUGGAAGGAUAGUUAUGAUAGUGUGUGCAUCUUCACUAAGGUUUUAUAAUUUAUCAUCUUUAUGUUCUCAUGUAUUUAUAGUUAUAAUAAAUAGUAUUUUGGAUUUUGGAUUCUCCUUUA